AUGUUGAAUGCUGAGGCUGAUGAAGUUUCUCACGACACCCUUUCAAAGUAUAAAGACUGCACAACCCAUCUCUACAAUCUGAUCACGGGUCGAGGCUGGGACACGUCAAAGCCACUGGACCACAGGUGCCUGUUUAUGCUUGUGUGGUCAUACACUCUCAUGAUUGUCUGUCUUGUCCUCCUGCUGGGGCAUACCAAAACUGGCGGUAACACCCAGGAUGCCCACGAGCACCUGAACGGCGGCAAGUUGCACCGCUUCAAGUGGCAGAAGCGCAAGGUCGGCACUAUCCUCCUCAAAAUGCUGCGUUACAAGCCGGGCCAUCAAGAGAUCUUUGAACCGUAUACCGUGUGCUUCAGUGGGGCCCUGCGCGUCUCGUACGAAGACUACAUGUGCAUCCAGAUGGACAAUUUGGGUGUUCUUGAGUGGGUGGAUGAUGAAGCUUGUGAGUAA